CAGUCCGAUAGUAUUGAAGGCGAAGCUGAAAAGACGGUUUGUUUUUACGGAGUGAGACGCGUUUCUGCUAAUCGUCGCUGGCGCACCGAUUAUUAAAGCGGUUGUUACCUGGUCCGUUAUUUCUGGGUGUUUGUCGCACACCGGCUUGUUAGGUCGCCAUGGCUCUGUGCGGGGGUGUCGGAGCCAUGGCUUUGCCCAGCGAGCUGAUCGUCCACAUAUUCUCCUUUCUGUCAGACCGAGACAAGCUCCGGGCCUCGGCUGUGUGCUCCCGAUGGAGGGAGUGUCUCUUCUACCCUGCACUGUGGACCGAGCUCAAACUGCGGAUAGGCGGCGGCUGUAACGGUGGCGGCUCCGGCUCCGAGGAGACCCCGAGGCUGGAGUUUCUCAUGCGGAAGUUCGGCUCGUUCGUGCGGGAGCUGCAGCUGGAGCUCGCCCCGGUGGAAGGUUACCUGAGCCCGCUGAACCACGACCCGUCGUCUGGCAGGAUGGACCAGCCUCCCGGUCCAGAGAGCGACCCGCAGUUCUCCGAGCGAUGGAAGGACGCAAUGGCCACCUACUUGGACCAGGUGCUUUGUGUGCUGAGCAGUAUACGAAACAACAGAAACCUCCAGAAACUGAGUCUGUAUGGUGAUACCUGUAUCCUUCAGGAAGAAGGUCUUUUGGACAGUUCAUACCUGCACCAGAUUCACCAUGGCGACAAGAAGAUCAAAGAAAUUCAGCAGUUGUUCAUGGAGCUGCUGUCUAACAGCAGGCAGCUGAGGUGGUUAUCCUGUAGCUUCAUGCUGGGCCUGGUGACUCCCUGCUCCUUAGCUUGCCUGUCAAAUCCUUCGGCUGGGACCCUGCAGCACCUCAGUCUACUCGACCACCAGCUGGGAAUUCAUUGCGACGUGAGAGACAAGGCCUCCACACGCCGCUACGCUCCGUUCAUCUCGCCCUCAGAGUUGGAUCGUCUCUCUAACCUUCACUCUCUCGCUCUGGAUUUCUCUGACCUGACCUCUGAGCUGUGCGGUCUGCUGGCCUCUCCACGCCGCACCCCGCUGCAUCGUCUCUCCCUGCUGCUCAACGGCGCCGCUUUGGAGUUCAAACCUUUGGAAGGGACAGCCACUGAAGAUGACUGGAAGGCACUGGUCCGUGUGAGUGCCAACCUGCGAGUGUACAUCAUGGCCCUGGAGGUGGACAGCUCAGAACUCCUCAGGGUCCUGAAGCCGAGCCUUCCUCUGGAGCGCCUCCACCUUGACAGCUACAGCACUCUGGUGACCGAUGCCACCCUGGAGCUCAUCUCCCAGCAGUACAACAAAACCCUGACUCAUUUCCUGCUCCUGAGGGAUGAUGCCGACUUUCCUGACCUCAGCGUUAAUCGCAAUGAAGACCCGUUGGUCCUCUUAGCGUGGAGAUGUACUCAGCUGGCUGUGCUGGUGAUACAUGGCUACACAGUGUGGUCCCAUAACUUGGUGGCCAUCUCUCGGCUCCGAGGCUCCAGCCUCCGUGUCCUGGCUGUGUCCGAGGAGAGCAUCGACUUUGACCCCGACCAAUCGGUGUACGUGGAGGGCGACCCGGUCCACAACCUGGUCAAGGAGGUUUCCCUGGGCCUGGGUCGCGUCUGGCACCCAUGCCUGGAUUCCAACCUGGUUUUGUCUGAACCUACCCAGCACUUCCACCGCGAGCUGCACGCCUUCAGCAUGGGCAUGUAGGCAGGAGGGGAAAACCCAACACAACACAGCCUAAACUGUGACAAGGCCAGGCCAGACAACCAAUCGGGCCUCAGUCAGCUAUGGUCCAAAUCAGGCCCACGAUAGAUCUGGCGCAAAAUGGAUCAUAAAACCAAUCUAUAAUUCACUUUGAUAUGAAGUGGUGUGAGAUGAUUGCUUUCUUUUCGCUCUCUCUUUUUGCUAUGGGGGUUUUAACAUGCAGUUAAGUUGCAUAAAUUAUGAUUAGAUUCCUUGUUUUUACCUCUUUUUGGGCAUAGCACCUGCUAAUUUAACCAGUGAACUGUGGAAAGAGAUUAAAUCUUUUUUUAUAUAUAUGUAUAAUUGGUCAAAUUAUUCUGGGAUAGUGGUUCUCGGUGGAUGUCACAUCCACCCGUAUUGUUUCACCACAAAGAAUACUUAGGUCAUUUCAUGAUGAAAUUUAAACCUACCUGGUUUACUGAAUCAUCCCGCUUUUUGAAGUAGACCCCUUGUCUGGCCUGGCCCAGUCUGGUGUGGUCUUUCUCACAACAUGCAUUCAGAGCUCGAUGUCCUUCCUUCAUCUUAAUAACUUCCCAAGCCUCUGUAUAAUGUAACUUUGAUUUAUUUUUUGUUUUCCUUUUUUAUUGCAUUGUUUUUCCUCUCCCCUCCCUGUUCCGUGUAAAGAGUGAUAUUGUUUUUCCUGUGUGGUGUUUCCCCUGCCUGGAUAGCCUCUGUGUAUAUUUAAUUACAACUAUAUUACUAUCCUGCUCACAAAUAGAACGGGACAGGCAGGCGGGUUGAGUGAUUAACAGGUGGGAG